UGAAAUCCAGAGUUCAUGAAUCGUGUGAACCGGUUCAACCGAUACAAUGAAAAGAUCCGACUCAGAAGACGAUUCUUUCACGAAUCCGGACACCACUACAAGUCACAUGACAGCGACGACAGAGUGAGCGUGAGCUGUACCUGUAUCAAAGUACAGAGAUUGUGCAGUUUUAGUCGAAUCACAUUGAAACUUAGCACCAUCAGAGGCACCGCAAGCUCAGCCGCUAUGAGACUAGUCCAGUUCUGUCACAGAGGCGGCGAGGGGAGCGUCAAAGUUGGGGUGGAGCAGGCAGAAGGUCAGGGGGUCAUUGAUCUGAAAGCUUUCGACCCCUCCAUGCCUUCCACUAUGAGAGAGUUUCUAGAAAUGGGGCAAAAGGGAAUGGACUGUGCUAAGAGGGCUUUGUCCAGUGGUCAGCAUGUGGUGUCACGGUCAGAUAUCAGGCUGCUCUCCCCUGUGACCGGCCCAGAGAAGGUGGUGUGUGUUGGUAUGAAUUAUAAGGACCACUGCCUGGAGCAAAACGCCCCGAUUCCUAGUGAGCCCAUCAUAUUCAGCAAGUUCCCCUCCACCAUCACUGGCCCUUAUGAUGACAUCAUUCUACCAGAGGAGAGUCAGGAAGUGGACUGGGAGGUGGAACUUGCCUUUGUGAUUGGACGAAAAGGAAAGCAUAUUAAGGAAGAGGAGGCCUUUUCCUAUGUUGCAGGUUUCACUGUUGCGAAUGAUGUAAGUGCUCGUGAUUGGCAGAUGAAGCGCAACGGAAAGCAGUGGCUGCUGGGAAAAACAUUUGACACGUUUUGUCCACUGGGGCCAGCGCUGGUCACUUCUGAAGCACUGAAAGAUGUUCAUAACCUGGGUAUUCGCUGCCUUGUGAAUGGGGCCGCAGUUCAGGACAGUAACACCAAUCAAUUGAUCUUCCACAUCGAGAAGCUGGUGGCUUGGGUCUCACAGUUUGUGACUCUUUGUCCUGGCGAUGUGUUUUUGACUGGAACUCCUCCAGGUGUGGGAGUAUUCAGAAAUCCACCUGUGUUUCUAAAGUCAGAACAGUGUGACUGAUGCUGACACAAUGAGAACAGCUGAAAUGCAGAACAACACAAGACCAGCUGUAAUGGCCUCAUUGACGUUGCCGUAAUGCCAACUUUCACACAAAACCAGAGUUAAAAAAAAGGCAAUGGCUUCAGUGUUUAAGAUUUCUAAUUGGUAUUGAUUCCAAUUCUUCUGACUUAUUGUUUUACAUCUACUUGAGCUGUUCUUCCAGGCUUUCCUAGUUGUAAAAAGUUACAUAGUACACAUUUAUGUCAACAUUUACUACAUAAGA